AUGGAGGGCAUGGCUCAAAUUGUGGAGACCUUGGUGCAUAACCAAGGCGGAGAGCCGGCCGAAUACCGAGGGUUGUCUGCCUUCACUAGGCACCAUCCUCCAAAGUUUGAGGGAGGAUUCAACCCUGAGGGAGGCCAGAAGUGGUUGGCGGAUGUAGAGAAAGUCUUCAAUACGAUGGGGUGCCAUGAGGAACACAAGGUGAACUACGGCAUCUGCCUGCUGUGUGGGGAAGCGAAAGACUGGUGGAGGUUUGCCGGUCAAACAUUGCCACAAGAGGGUGGCUACGUUCAAUGGGAGACCUUUAAGGUGAUCUUCCCAGGGAACUACUUUCCUCGGGAUCUAAGGAAGCAGAAGGCCAGUGAAUUCCUUAAGCUAAAGCAAGAAAGCAUGAUAGUGGGGGAAUAUGUAGCAGAGUUUCAAGAGCUGAUGGAGUACUGA